CUUCUGCCCUAUGAAGGAGACAAAGCUAGCUGAAACUGAUUCGACUGUUCAGAAGGCUGAAGAUAUGGUCAGCACAAUGCUUGCAAAGGGCUUUGUCUUGGGAAAGGAUGCCAUCAACAAGGCGAAGGUUUUUGACGAGCAGCACCAAUUGACCUCAAAUCCAUCGGCCACGGUAGCUUCCAUUGAUCGUAAAAUGGGUCUGAGUGAAAAGCUAAGCAUCGGGACGGCUGUGGUAAAUGACAAGAUGAAAGAGAUGGAUGAACGAUUCCAAGGAUCUGAAAACGGAAAGUCUGCCUUUGCCGUUUCCGAGCAGAAGGCAAGUAGUGCAGGAUCUGUCAUAAUGAGCAAUCGUUAUGUAUCUGCUGGAGCUUUGUGGUUUGUGCAUUUAGUGCAGUUGCAAAGGCAGCAGAAGAUGUUGGUGUGAUGACCAAGGAGAAGGAUAGAAAAAGAAAAAAUCACAUCAUCACAAAAUAAAACAGUAAAUUUGGCUUUUCUGCAACCAUGGAAGCAUGGUAACAACGAGCAAGAAUGAUGUUACACCCAUUUACUAAUGGUUCAGCAUGGCACAUUAUGUUUCGUGUUAAAAUUAGAAGCAUCCUAUUCAGCAAGAUACAAGAUGCAGGAAUAUAGGUGUUAAAGCAAU